GCAUGCAUGUGUGACAGAGGGAGAGAGCGAGGAUUCAGCCUGACAUACAGAACGUGGUCCCAGCAACAUUGUUGUGGCUGUAGAGAGCAUGCUCCUCUCUGAGGGGGCCCUGCAAUACACAGAACCUCGACACUGAGGGCCCCCCCAGACCUGUGCAGGCAGAGAGCACCAACAGUGAACCAUGGUGGCAGAGGAGGUCAUCGUCACGCUGUCCGGUGGAGCUCCGUGGGGCUUCAGGCUCCAGGGGGGAGUGGACCAACAGAGACCGCUGCAGGUGGCCAAGGUGCGGAAGCGCAGCAAAGCUUGCAGGGCGGGGCUCAGAGAGGGCGACGAGUUGGUGGCCAUCAACGAGAGCCCGUGCGCCAGCCUGUCCCACGCUCAGGCCAUGCUCCUCGUCGACAGCAUCCCCGGAGCACUACGCAUCCGGGUGAAGAGGGCGCCGGUAGGCUUCCAGUCAGUGGUUCUGGUGGCCCGAGCUCCUUCUCCCCGCAUUGAUAAAGAGUACCGUGCCUGCCUUCAGGUCAAGUCCCCGACCGACACCAAACCGCAGCAAGCGAGCGUCCAGCAGGUGCCCACUCCCGGCCGCGGCGGGCUGACGUCUCCUCCGGGCAGCGAGGCGUACUACGGUGAGACGGACAGCGAUGCGGACCUGGCCGGAAACGACAGGCAGCGGCGGGCCAAACACCGCAGCCCCAGCGGUUCACCGGGGAAGGCGGGCCGCACCUCGCCCGAGGGCGGUGAGACCUCGGAGAUGAGCGGCUACGACAGCGCGCCUGAUGCCCAGGCCUACUCCGCGACAGAGCAGGGCGAAGCCCCGGUGGUCUACCAGCCCUGUCCGUCUGCAGCCUGGUCCUCGCACGCCUCCCCGGAGACGUCCUCGGUGAGCACCGAUGACCACAGCGCGCAGGAUGCAGUGGUGGAGGAGGACGGCGGGUUCCAGGAGCUCGCCAACGUGCCAUUUGUGUCUCCAGAGAGAGCGAGAGAGGCCCUGAUGCUGACUUCCCGGAGCCAGCUGGUGCCCAUUGUGGGGCCCGUGGACAACCCGGUGGACGAGGAGCUCACCCUGACCUACAUGGCUAAGGCAAAACAAGCCAAACUGAACCGUGGUGAGACGCUACAGGACAAGCAGGUAAAAGAGGCUCGGACCAAGUGCCGCACCAUCGCGUCCCUGCUGACCGAUGCACCCAACCCCCACUCCAAGGGCGUUCUGAUGUUCAAAAAACGGCGCCAGCGCUCAAAGAAAUACACGCUGACCAGCUACGGCAGCGUGGACGAGGACACACAGCCGGACUCCCAAGAGGAGGACGGCCUGUUCCCUGGCAGCGAGUCGGAGCUCGACGAGGAAGGGUUUAGCGCGGCGCCCGAUCCCACCUGGGACGGCGACUACCUGGACAUGUUGGAGAGGAGGUCGGCGUCGCGGGGCAUGGAGGAGGAGAGGACCGCCGCCCUGAGCCCCGGCCUGAGCGACAGCUCGGGGAAAGGGGUGCAGAUGUUUGAGCAGCAGCGGAAGAGAGCCGAGGAGCACGCGAGGAAGGUGUCUGCCGCGCCGCCGCAGCAGGCUCGGAUCUGGAACCCGUCGCAGGCUGAAAAGCCAACGCAGCCUCUGCCUGCACAGACCCAAACGCAGAACAAACCCAGCGUCCAGCCACCGCUGGUGGCACCGAAACCUGCCAGGCCGCCGCCGGCGGUGAUGCUGCAACAGAACGCUCCAGCGACAGAGAUGCUCACCGCAGCGCACUCGCUAAUCCCAGCCCCGCCACCCCAAGGCACCCCUUCUGCUGUUAGUGGGGAUGCUGCCACCGCAGCGAUUGCGGCCCCUGCCGAGGUACCUAUAGGCUCUCUGUUGUUACCUCCCACAUCAGCUGGAAUGCCCCCUCCUCCCACCCCUCUGCCAGAGCUGCCCCCCAGUUCAGUACUGAACCGCACUGCCCGCCCCUUCGCUCCAGGCUUCAUCACCCACAGAGCCUCCACCGCACCUGUGCUCUUCUGCCCCUCCGUGCCUAAGAAGACCCCCAGACCGGUGUCGGUGGCCGUGAUGGCACCGUCGGAGGAGACGGCCAAGGACGGAGCCCCUGCCAGCAUCAGAGAAAUCCAGUGGAGCAGGCCUCCUGCAGCUGAGCCCACCGCACCUGUCUGUGCGUCCCCUGAGCCACACCCACCGGCUCCGGUGCGGCCGGCUGCUCCGCACGCAGCAUCGUCUGCUGCACAGGUCGCAGCAGCCGCUGGUUCAUCAGGUCCCACUGCCGUUCCCACCGCUGCUCCCCAUGCUGGGCUCCCAGAUCACACCAGUGGAAUUUCCGUGGCAUCCUCUGGGGCCCCUGCAGCUGAGACACCGGCGAUUCCUGCGUCCCCUACUGGCCCUGUGACCAUUUCAGCUCCCAUAACCCUUACCAGCUCUGUGACCCCUGUGUCUCCUGUAGCGUACCGAGAGAAAGCUCCGGGCGCAGGCGGCCGAACUGGUAUCCUGGAAGGAGCUCGCCGCCGAAGUACCAAUAAGCCCAUGUUCCGGGUAUUCGACAGCAAGAAGAACUCCCCCAACCCGGAGCUGCUGUCUUUGGUGCAGAACUUAGAUGAGAGGUCAAAGCAUCUCUGUCCGGAGCCCGUCGUGCUCGCUGAAGAUGAUUGCUUUGCCAUAGAGGAGCGGAGGGGAAGGAUGCCUCCUCCGGUGGCGCCCAAGCCUCGCGUCAUGUUGGACACGUCCCUGAUCCGGCAGGCAGAGGGGAAGGGCGCCGAGCUCUUUGCACGCAGACAGAAUCGAAUGAAUUUCUACGUAGUGGAUUCCAUGCCCACUGCCCCACAGCAGCUGCACACACUGCCUCAACAGUCAGUGAUGGCCAUGAUCAGACUACAGGAGCCCCCGCCCUCCCACUGGAAGUACUCCCCGAACGUCCGCGCCCCUCCUCCCAUCGGGUACAACCCUCUGCUGUCCCCUUCUUGCCCCCUGGGAGUACAGCGUGGAGGUGCAAGGGCUCCACAGGAAGGCCCCAAGGUGGGCAAGAGUCGUUACGGCGUCCAAAAGGAAGGUAUAAGAGCCAUUGACUUCAUGAGGCGGCAGCCUUAUCAGCUCAACCCAGCCAUGUUCAGCUUCGGAGGCAGCUCAGACACGCACUCUUCAGCUGCCUCCUACCAGAGGCAGCUGCAAGAGGGCCACACCCUGACCCAGCCCAGGCAGGUGCCCAUGAAAGCAGCUCGAGUCUACGAGAUCAAGCGCUUCUCCACUCCCACGCCCAUGUCGGCACCGACACUAACACCUACAGUGAUUGCCCCACGCGCACAGACCACGCUGGGGGAGCCGCUGUCUCGCUCUGACAUGACGUCUCCGCUAUCGGAAAUGGCUUUCCUUCCACCUCAAGGUGUGCCCGAACCCACUCCCGCACGAGCACCAGGCUUGCCAGAGCUCCCCAACAUGUUGACUGCGCCCACACCUCACCCUACACCCUACUCACCCCCAAGCCCUGUGUCCAGCAGGUUCAACGUAAGCUGCCCUGGGCUCCAGGCAGCCAAACAGUUCAAAAGUGCCCCUGAGCUUAGUAGCCUGCCCCUCAGCACCCUGAGGCCCCCAGUGCAAGCACCCAAGCCACGCUUCGUCGCUAAUCGAGUGGGCAUGCAGCCCCAUGUCUGGAGGCCCGGAGCUCUGCAGCACUGAGUGGGAAACCCUGUCUAUCACAAAAAAUGUCACCCUGGUCCCCCCCCCAAAAAAAACGUUCCUCGAGCAAAGGAAGUGUAGAAGCAGAUUCAAUUAAAAAUGCUGGGGCGGGGGUACAUUUGUUUACUGAUGAAUAUUGUUUAGUUAUUUAAUGAAUGCAAAUUUCUCAAAAACAUUUCCAGCUGAAUUUUUAGCUUUCCAUAUUGUCAUUUUAAGGAAAUUAGUAUUAAAUUCUAUUUUUAAGAUCAUCGUUCAGAAACCAGGGCAGUGACCUGAGCAGAGUAGCUCAUCUUGUAGAACAGUCUUCAGUGACUCACUGGGUAUUGGGUUACAACAUUAUCUCACGCAAACAGUGAGCAUCUCAGGAACAAAAUCACACGAAGAAGUACAAAGUACUUAACAUGUACAACAAUGGAAAAAUGACUUGACUGACAGUACUGAAUUAUUCUUAGAAGUGGGACAUUUUCUCUGAUGAUGUCCUGUCUCAACACGCCACUCUAUCCAGCAGUUUGCUUAGAGUUUGUUUCAGGUUUCUCUGCUGGAUCUUUCUUGCUGGGCCUUGGAUGGCCAAGAAAUGUCCAAGGAUGCAAUGGACCUGGAAAGCAGUGUCCAAACAGACAUGGAAGACUGUGUCCAAAUGGACCUGGAAGGCAGUGUCCAAACAGACAUAGAAGGCAGUGUCCAAAUGGACCUGGAAGACUGUGUCCAAACAGACAUGGAAGACUGUGUCCAAACAGACAUGGAAGACUGUGUCCAAACAGACAUGGAAGGCAGUGUCCAAACAGACAUGGAAGGCAGUGUCCAAACAGACAUGGAAGACUGUGUCCAAACGGACCUGGAAGACUGUGUCCAAACAGACAUGGAAGACUGUGUCCAAAUGGACCUGGAAGGCAGUGUCCAAACGGACCUGGAAGGCAGUGUCCAAAUGGACCUGGAAGACUGUGUCCAAACAGACAUGGAAGGCAGUGUCCAAACAGACAUGGAAGGCAGUGUCCAAAUGGACCUGGAAGGCAGUGUCCAAACAGACAUGGAAGACUGUGUCCAAAUGGACCUGGAAGGCAGUGUCCAAACAGACAUGGAAGACUGUGUCCAAAUGGAAAGGCAAGCUGAGUGUUGCUGCAGGCUCUCCUGGCUCUCACAGGCCUAUCAGAAACGGUAUCUCUUCUGGCAGUACCCAGGCAGGACAGGUGCAUGGAUGUCACAGCCUAUUUGUGGGAGCAAAGUAAACAGCAAACCGGCACAAUCCCAGUGGUUCCAGAAUGCCUGUGGGGCCUUCGCAUCUUAUGCACGUUAUACUAAUCUGAAGACAUAGAGAAAAUCAUAUGGGCUUUUUUAAAAUUUAUUUGAACAAUGACUUUCCAGACUAUGGGCUCAAGCCAGGAAGUGUUAAAAGGUACAAUGAAGAAGACAGCCAGGAGUCAGGCAUGAAGACGGCCUGAAGUGUGAGCAAUCGGAGCGGUGUUUUCUGGCACUAGAGAUGACAACUGGAGCAGUGUUUUCACAUAACCGACGUCCCCGGCCUUGCUGAGCUGUCACUCGGCGUGAGUUUAGAAAGGUUAUUUACCAGACCAUUUCAGUGAGGCAGCAGGUUCUGGUUACCUGCCUCCUCCAUCAUGUCACGGAGGGGCGUGUGGUGCGGUGACAGUGACACAGAGGAAUUCCAAGCCUGUCUGUGGUAAAUGUGAUAUUUUGGGCAUGAGCUGAAAAAGUCGUCGUUAUGAGAGAACAUGAAGCUGUAAGCCAGGCUGAUCUGUAUUCAGGCAGCAUCGAAGGAAACAGUAGGAAGUAGUAGAGGAAGUCUAGGUGGAAACAAUUCUGCACUAACGCAUAUAUGAGAUGCUUGAAGAUUCAAUAAGCAGUGGGCUAUGAGGGCUAACAGUUAUUUGUUUUGUGAUGCAUCUUUGUUUUUGAAUUAUUUUGUGAAACGUUGAAUGAGACAGUGUUGAACAUCUCACACUAUGAUCGUGUCUAUCUCCUGUCUUCAUUGGAUAACACUUUACUCUGUGAACUAUACAAUUAAAGCUUUAGAAUGGUUGUUAUUAUAAUGAUUAUUCUAGUGCGCAGUGCUGAGUUAUCAGUAUGUUUAAAAAUGACAAUACUGUAUUUUUAAAUGUGCUUUCUGUAAUUGAAUUUGUAGAAUUUUAGGGAAAUAUGAUAGUGAAUGUAAAAGUGUAUCGGGUGUUUGUGGAGCAAUAGUAUAGAGAAUUGAAUGAGUUCUGAUGGGGAAAAUGUUAUUUUUCAUGAAAUAAAGAAUUUGAAAAUUU